AGACUCAGCCAACUGAUGCAGAGAUGUUGUUCAUCUACAGCCACUUCAAACAAGCUACUGUGGGCGAUGUAAACAUAGAUCGGCCGGGGCUGUUGGACCUCAAGGGCAAAGCCAAGUGGGACUCAUGGAACAAGCUGAAAGGAACUUCCAAGGAAAAUGCCAUGAAGACCUAUGUGGAAAGGUAG